AUGCACAAGCACUUGGCAACCUUUUCCAGGUUUGAUUGUGCCAUGGCAACCCUUGCUGAGCAAAAACCAUGGUUGCUGGAUGCGGAUUCAGGGGCGUCUCAGCAAGGCACCUAUGCAAGGGUUCCAGGAGUUGAAGACGACACGACCUUUGAAUGGGAGUCAUUGGGGGAACCUCUAUUCAUUUUCAGCUACACAGCGAUGGUCGUGGGUCGACAGUGCAUGGCUUUGUCGCUGCUGGCUUUGCAAGUUUUCUCCCCUGGUGUGCAGAAGAUGCUGCAGCAGCACAAUACAAACAGCUAUUUAAUGAACUGCGAUGAGGAGGCGGUUGGAUUUGCGCAGACCUGCAUUUGCGAAACGACCAAAGCAUUUGUAAGGUGUUUUGCACCUGUCUCCAUCAUUGUGGCGCUGGUUGUUGCUGCGCAGCUUAUUCUGUGCCAGCGUUUGUUCUACAUUAUGCUUCGAUGUGGUGUUCUGGUUGACUUCAAGAAUCUUUCUCCAUUCAAGGAUCCUCUCUUUUGGUGGGUGCUUUUGAAUGGAGUUUGCGCCAUGUCACACUUUGUAUUCCAUAUGCUGGUGGUUCAGCAGAUGCACAUCGGGAAAGACAAUUUGCAAAAGGUCAUAGAUUCUCUGAAGCAAGAUUCGUUCUUUUUCGGUUUGCCAUCUAUUGUCUAUGUGCUCUUCCUAUACUUGUCAUACGAUGUCGAAUGGUUGCUGCUUCCGUUGAGCAAAUUCUGGGAAUCAGAUCCAGAAUGGGCUCAGAAGACAUCCUUCGAAAUGGCCUUUGUGACUGAAAGAGCUGCUUGCAAGACUGUGCUGCAGGAUGCAACAUGCAUUCAGGAUGUGGCUGAUGCUAUUGCGCUGCAGUCACUAGACCGUGGUGUGGAAUUGCAGAGAGCUGAUAGCCUGACAACUAACAACGCUGCACGUCCGACUCGUAAUGCAUUUGUGCCGGAGGCUAGACAGCAAAAAGCGAAACAAGCUCACAUAAGUCGGCGACAAGUUGUGUCUGUGCCGGCACAAACACCAAGGAAUUAUUUUGUUGAACGUGCUUGGAUUUCUCGUCUCCUCAGCGACUCUCAAUUGGUGGCACAGGAUCGGAAGUGCCGCACUUUCUAUUUUGCUUGGGUGAUAUGGAUGUGCUUGACAUCCUUCAUGUGUUUGGCUGCUGUGGCAGCGGUAAUCCUUCAACUGAAAAAUGAUAUCGAAGACAUCAUUGCUGGUCAUGGAGAAGAAUAUAUUUGCGUUGCCAUCGUUGGGACAAAUGUCCUUGCCAUGAUUGUUGUGGCCUGCUACUAUGUGGGUGACCUGGUCUUUCCAUGA